CUGACUGGGACAAGGGCACAACCCUUGUCUGACAAACUGGACUAAUCCACCUGCACCUUCAGCAGACCGCCCUCCGGAAAUUAAUCUUCACGCUACGCCUCCCAUUAGGCGGCACAUUCACCUGGCCGUACACCGAUGAUAUUGCUGUUUGUAACUUUUUUAAAAUUGUGUAGUAAUACUACUCUUGCAGUCAGGGCCUCGGAAUCGCGACUUCCCCUACUGGCGGCUAGUACUUCUUGACCUCCCCAUUCCGACUAAGAGACCUUAAUACUAUUAACCUCACACCAUACACGUUGCCAUUCCUCGUCAAUCCACCAUUCUCCACCGCUCGAUCGCCCAAAAUGGGAUUGCAUCGCCCCACACUAAUACCGCAUCGAGCGCCAACUAAUCGCCAUGGCCAACGGCGGUCCACGCGGUGCCUUAACUCACCAGUCCCAGUGCUCGCGCUGCUCGUCGCGUGGAGCUCCUGCUUGCCAUGCCCACUCCCCUCCGCUAACGCGCAAGCAGUUGCCGAUAGUCAACGCCCGGCGCUGGCGGCGGUGAUGGAGGUGUGGGGCGCGGCUCUCAAUCUGAACGCCACGUGGUUCGUCGCGCCGACCUGCGCGCAAUGGCAGGGGCUCGCCUGCAACGCCAUGGGCCAAGUCACCUCCCUAGAGUUUUCCGGCCGCCGUCAGUUGAUCGGGCAGAGCGUUCCCGCCGCCAUCACCCAGCUCGGCGCGCUGCAACGAUUGAGUUUGAAUCGCAAUCUCCUGGUGGGCAGUGUGCCGUCCAAUAUCGGAUACCUCUCCGCCCUCACCAACCUGACGUUGAGCGGCAACGGGUUGCAGGGCAGCAUUCCCGCCGGCAUCUCCAACCUCGUCAAUCUCCGCGUGCUCGACCUGAGCAGCAACUACCUGACAGGGCCCAUCCCCGACAGCUUCGCCCCCCUCUCCGUGCUCUCCACGCUAGCGCUGGGCAACAACCGGCUGACCGGCUCCAUCCCUGCCUCGCUCCUCACGCUCUCCGCCCUCCAGAACAUUCUGAUCGGCGGCAACUCCCUGGCGUCCGUGCUGCCAGAGGGCAUCAGCGCGUGGAAGUCGCUGCUCGCACUUGACAUCAGCCGCAACAAGUUCUAUGGUCGCAUGCCCGCCGCCCUCGGUGCCUUCACAGCCCUUGUGCACCUCGACGUGAGCGAGAACCAGCUCAGCGGGGCGCCCAUUGCGUCCUUCGCGUCGCCCGCCAUGGCCAACACGUCCCUCGCAGCGCUCGACCUCUCCGGCAACUUCCUCACCGCCAACGUCUCCUCCUUCUCCGCCGGGCCCAGCGGGGCCCCCCUCCCCUUCUGCCCGACCUCCCUGCAAGGCGGGUACGCCGCGUCCUCCCUGCUCGUGUUCGGCGCCUCGCCCUACAGCUCCCAGAAGGGCAACUGCUUCCUGGCUGGCAGCUGGAACACUACUCAGAGUUUCACAGAGGACAAGAGGAAGGGAGGGUGGAAGUCGGAAGGCGGCAAGUCGCUUGACGAGCGCAAGAAGCUCAAGUCCUCCUCCUCUUCCUACUACUCUCCUACGGUUGGGAGCGGUGGGAGCAGUGGGAGCAGUGGGAGCAGCGUGUUGAGUGGCCGCAGCUUGAUCAGUAAGAGCCAUGGGAACAAGGGUUACAGCUCCAGUAGCUACUCCUCCUGGUCCUCCUCCUCCUCGUCGUCAUCCUCCUCCUCCUCCUCCUCCUCUGGGAAGAGCACCGGCACCACUGGCAGCACUGGCAGCACCGGAAGCAGCGGCAGCAGUGGCGGCAGCGCGAGUGCGGGCACGGGGUGCGCGGUGGGGGCGCAGCGGCGCGCCAUCGAGUGCGUGGCGUUCUGCGGCGCGGCGCUGCCGUCGGGCCCCUGUGGUGGCCUGGGCACGUGCUUCCUGGCGUCCCCCUCCAACACCCCCACCUGCGCCUGCAACGCCGGCAUGUUCGCCGUGCAGCUCACCAUCCAAGUGGGCCGGGAGCAGGUCACCUACCCCUCCUGCUCGCCCAACGCCGGCCCUGCCCCGCCUCCGCCACCACCUCCUCCCGACGCCAACACGUGGCGAAGGCGAGAGUUCCGAGGCGCCGAGCUGGACGACACGGCAGUGGUGCGCGGGUCCUACUACAACACGUACUUCCGCUACGCGUCGCUGGGCUUCAUCGGCAACUACACUAGCCCCAAGUGGAACAUCACCCCGACCAUCGACUGGCGCACUCGCAUCCCCACUGCUCUCUCGCCAGCCAAGGACCAGGGCUUGUGCGCGGCGUGCUGGAUCUUUGCGCCAGUGGCGGCGGUGGAGGCGGUGUACGCGAUCGUGUUUGGCGCGGCGGCGCCCAGCCUGGCGGAGCAGCGGGCUAUCGACUGCCAGGGCACCUGGACCUGCGCCGGGGGGCGCCCCGACGACGCCUUCAACUACAUCGCUGCCUCGGGUGGGCUGCCCAACUCCACUGCCUACCCCUUCACCGGCGUCGCCAACAACGCCACCUGCAAGGUCACUCGCAAGCGGCUGCUCUCGACUACCCACCGCCGACUCCUCCCUGAGCUCAGCAGCACCGACACCAACACCAACACCAACACUUUCAAGCACACGCUUGACCGUCUGCUUCUGCCUUCCUCUUGGACUACUGCCGCAAAAGCGCCUGUGGUGGUCCCGAUGCCGAGCACGGCGUACACGGUGUCGAUGUUUGAGCGCGUGGGCAUCAGCGGGUGGCUUGGCCUCGCCAUUGCCGUGCAGCAGCAGCCCGUCGUCGUCUACAUCGAGGCGCGGGCUGAUAGCUUUAUGAACUACACCGGGGGCUACGUGUAUGCGGACCCCAACUGCUAUUCCACGCGGCUGGUGGACCACCUGGUGGUGGUGGUGGGCUUUAACCUGCUGGACGCCACGCCCCACUGGAUCAUCCGCAACUCCUGGGGUCCCUCGUGGGGCGAGAAUGGCUACAUGAAGAUCGCCAUUGCGGGCGGCCCGGGCAUCUGUGGAAUGAACACGCUGCCGGGGCUCUACCCCUCCAUCGUCUCGCCCGACCCCUGCAAGCCCAUCAACCCCUGCGGGGGGGGUGUGUGCACCGCUAUCCCGGGCAACAAGAACCAGCGCAACAAGUGCACCUGCCCUGCUAACUUUGUUCCCGUCACCAACCUUGACCAAUCCCAGACCUGUGCUUUAGCCAAGGUGUGUGCGUUUUUCGCCAGGAAUCCAUGUGGCUUUGGCACGUGCAUCGACGACAACAAGGGCGGCUACUCCUGCCUCUGCUCGCCCGGCUACAUCCUCGGCUCGCUCACCGACGGCUCUGCCACGUGCAUCCCGGGCGACGAGUCAGUGAAGGUCACUCUGCAGGCAGCCAUGACGUGCAGCCAAGUGCGCUCCACGUAUCUCCUCUCCAAGCGGACUUUCCAAGCUCUCAACCCGUCACUCAAGUGCGCAGGCACCUUCCCCCCCGGCACGGUCAUUGUCACUCGCAACGCCACGCAGACCAGCGCCAAUGUCACCGGCUGCAUCGUACCCUACACUGUUGCUCAGGGUGACACAUGCACGACCAUAAUGACCAUGUUCAACGUCACACUGAACGACCUCAACACAACCAACCCGGACCUGGACUGCGGGAUACUGGCAGUGGGUCAACAGGUAUGCAUCAGGUCCGGCACGCCGCAGGCGCAGAGCUGCCUGAAUUACUACACGGUCAACCCCGGGGAGACGUGCAACGAUGUGAUGAUCAACACGUACCCGCCUAUCACAGCAUCCCAGCUCUACCAGUACAACCCUGGGAUCAUCUGCACUGCUGACACCUCGCAACGGCUUAUGGGUCAAGAGGUAUGUGUGGAUGCUACUGUUGUCGGCGCUGUGAGAUGCUCCUAUGGAUCCUACACAGUGGUGCGCGGCGACACGUGCGCAAGUGUAGUGUGCAAGGUGUUUAGGUGCUCCUACAGCACUUUGUACGCCCACAACCCGGGCUUCAAAUGCUCCAGCUCAACACUUUAUGUGGGGAAGGUUCUUUGUCGUCCGAAGCCUUGAUCAUACUUCAGCGAUCAAGGAGUUAGCCCUCAGGGCUUGGAUUGAUGCCCUCAUUCGCUUUGUUCAUUUUUAUUUUUUUUUUCCAUUUUUUGCUAGGUUGCUCCUUGGGUAACUUCAUGGGAUGCUUUCCCAUGUGUAAUUUAUAGGCUUGCAAGCAAUGGAUUUUAAGAUUUAGUCGUUUUCCUCUUGAAUUGAAGGAGGUUAUUACAUAAGGG